CCGCCAUUUUGCGAAGAGCUGUUGGGCGGGAGGGCGGAAUAAAGGUGGUGGUUUUAUUUAAAUAGAAGCAUCGGAAUUCACAAAUUAUCCUUUUUUUUUCCUCAAGGGGGGGGAGGGGGAAAAAUGGUAAAAAUAUUUAUCGGGAAUCUGCCGCGCAUCGCGACGAAGGAAGAGAUUAAAGAGUUAUUCGAGAAGUAUGGCAAACUGACCGAGUGCGACAUCAUCAAGAAUUAUGGCUUUGUGCACAUGGAGGAUAAAGAGGCUGCAGAUGAGGCAAUCAAGAACCUGCAUCACCACAAACUCCAUGGGCUCCCUAUCAACGUUGAGGCCAGCAAGAGCAAGGUGAAGACCUCAACCAAGCUGCACGUCAGCAACAUUGGUGCUGAGUGCACAAACCAGGAGCUGCGGGCCAGGUUCGAAGAAUAUGGGCCUGUUAUCGAGUGCGACAUUGUCAAGGACUACGCCUUUGUGCACAUGGAGCGAGAGGAGGAUGCCAUGGAAGCCAUCCGAGGGUUUGAUGGCACUGAGUUUAAAGGCAAACGGAUCCAUGUCCAGCUGUCGAGGAGCCGGCUUCGGACACAACCUGGGAUGGGCGAGAAAAACGGCUGUUUCCGGUGCGGUAAAGAGGGCCACUGGUCUAAAGAAUGCCCCAAAGAUCGCGGUGGUUUUGACGGUGGAUUCUUUUGCGACUACCCCCAACCUUACCCAAUGCGGCCCAUGUCAGCGUACGGAGAGCGUCCGGUGUACAAUGAGCGGUACGGGAUGGCUCAUCACUACGAGAGCUAUCCGGCACAGCCAUACGCGGCGACGGGAGAUCCCUACUUUGAUCGGCGGCAGACUCAGCUUGCACCUAUAGGCACCGCGAUGAGCAAUUGCGUCCCUGGCGGGUUAGACCCCUACGGGAGGCACCCUGUGCCGCCCCCACCCCCUUCCUAUUACGACAGGGAUAGGAGCCCUCUGCGACGGAUGCCCAUGGCGGCCUCGAGCACCGGAUAUGGGUUUGAUUACACACAAGUCAAUGCAGCAGCAAUGUCCACUAGAUCUCCGUAUGACGUGCCGAGCACAGCAGGGAAUACCUACAUGGACCGUUCGCGAUACUCUAUGUUCUGAUCCGAAGGAAUGAUAAGUAUCCCUUGAUGAGAGAGUCGGGUCCCCCGGUAUACGUGCGAAUCUUCGGGUUGUGCGGGAUGCGUCCAUCAGCGGGAUAUAGCGCAAGGGACGUUUGGUGCGAUAACCCACCCUAAUUUUUUUUAG